ACAACUCGCCACUUCCUCGGGGCCAUACCUGGAAACGUGGUAGAAGGUCCUGGCGCAAAUCACCAUCAUCAACCACCACGAUCCAUAAUUCAUCAAAAGACCAUCACUUCCAUCAUAUUUCCAUCAAAAUCAACGCGCUUUCUGGAAGAACAACGCUACCUGCAGCCUUCUAGCCACCUUUUAGCGAUCAGAAACCCGUGGUCGUGAUCAUGGCGAUCGCCGAGGACGCGGCAACUGUCCUGGAGCAGUUCAUUCAUGAUGUCGCAAAUUUGCCAGCAGAGAUAACACAUCUUUACGAAGAGGUGCAGGCCAAAGAUCAGCAGAUUCAAGAAUGUCGAGCUAUCAUUGCAGGGCGUGACAAUAGCCUGCAGAAGUUCAUCAAACUGAACGGGGCCCUAGUUGAGAAUCCAAAAGAAGCACUCUACACCAAGACGGUACUACAGAACUAUGAAAAAGCCCAGAUCCUACAAGAGGAAAAAAUAGGCCUAGUAGAGAAGGCUGCUGCACUCAUGGACCGUCACGUGAAACGUUUGGAUAUCAAAUUGCGAGACCUACAGAGUGAUGGCUCCCUACCAACAGACCCCCAAAUGCCAUCUUUACUACGGGAAUCUCCUGGAAAUCUAGUACCACCAUCCUCGCUGACCAAUACGGGCGCCAGCACCCCUCUCCAUCCAGUCUCUGGCAAUAAUCCAGGAGGACCAAACCUCGCGCAGGCCGCCGCCAUUGCGCGCAUCACGAGUGCCACGACGCCUACCCCCAGGAUGAAUCCAUCUGCCCCACAGAACAUGCAGACACAGGCGCUGCUUAACCAACAGAGACUCACAAAUGCACAAAGCCCUCUGCCUGCCAACCCACGGCAAGAGAGGGAAUCAUCCACAGGGAGCGAUGGAAAACGUCGACGUCCGAAUGGGAGCAUAGGGCCCCUUCCGCAGCCUCCUUCGUCGCUAGGACGACAGGCGUCCCUUGGGCCAUCAACGCCGAAGCCGUCAACACCUGGAUCGCGGCAGGGCAGUGUAGGACCUAGACAACCCCAGAAGAACGCACUCACAGUUAAGAAGGCGAAACCGCAACAACCGUUGCGGAAGGCAGCUCUGACGGCUAAGUCUGGAGUGCACAAACAGAAACGGCGCAAACAUGUGGGGACUAACGGCGGCGGUUCACGCGCGUCGCCAUCAACAACGGCGGAAGAUGAGAGUGCGGCCAGUGAAGGUGGCACAGAAGACGAGGAAAUGGGAGGAAUGGGGCACGAGGAGGACGAGUCAGACGACACCAAGUACUGCUUCUGUCAGCGCGUUAGUUUCGGGGACAUGGUGGCAUGCGACAACGACAACUGUCAUUAUCAGUGGUUCCAUUGGGAGUGUGUUGGCAUCAAGGAAGAGCCUGUGGGAGACUGGCUGUGUCCCGAUUGCAGGAAGCAACCUCCGAAUAAGAUCAAGAGGGCGCGAUGAGCUCCGCAUUAGCAGUAAUCACACAGUAAAUGCCUGCGUAAGGCUGGGUGCUGGAUACGGCGGUGCCAAGGAAUCCCUCCCAGCGAUUGCGAAGUCACGGGCAGACGCGCGACUUGGUCCGAUAGAGUUACGAGUACGAAGCGAACUACGACAGGUACGGCACGGUACGUGCGUGUCUCCGUUUUCCGCAACCAGGCACCGCGUAAGCAUCGCGAUGCUGCAGUGGAUUUUGGUACCAGAUCUGCAACUCGAUUGAUCCUAGCGGAACCCGGGAUACCACGGCGGAGACAGUCUGGAUUCAGGGAACUGAACAUCAGGCUGUCGGUGCUCAGGAACAAGGAGAUUUGACUUUGGGACUUGGCACCGCCUGGGACACGACCACACAAUCAAAACAUUAUG